AAACUCCCACAUCCAGCCUUACGCUCCAACGAAGUUCAACCCUCAUUUGCUCUUUCCCUAACCCACUUUUAGGAUCACAAGAUGCGAUUGACAGCAUCCAGCGCCCUAUGUCUCUCCUUUUUUAUCUUUCAACUGGCCGAUGUCACACAAGGGAUGGAAGCCUUGAGAGCUCUGAGGGCUUCUUCCAGUUCCUCCCGGUCAGCAGAAGCUUCCUCCGAAGCCGCCGCAUCAUCGCGUGCACUUGAAUAUUGGAUUCCACCCCCAACAAGCUCCCGAGUCAAGGAAGAGCUCGCAAAGUCCCAGGAUCGGAUCUUCCCAAGUUCCUCCUCAAGGCCAGCAAAUCUUCCACCACUGAAGCCUCAGAAAGCCGUCGAAGAUCCGAACAGCCUCGUUGAGCACUACGAAAAAGCCAAAUUCAACCCUGGUGCUUUGCCAAGUCACGAUCCUCGCAGGGUAUUCAUCGAUGAGAUGAAAUCAGAGUUUAUACCCGAAUAUAAAGUCCACUUGAUACAACGGAUGUUCAAAAACAUUCUGGAGAAUCCCGGUGUCACGGAUGACGAAAUCAAGCACUGGUUUGAAGUUCUCGCAUAUGUGAUACGAAAAACUAGAGAAGUGCGUGCUGGCUCGGCUGAAUCGCACCUGGCGGUAUCUGCUUUGUAUGGCCUGAACAGCCUCAGGAUGAGGCUUCCAGAACGCCAGGCUCUUCUCACUCAUAUCGAUGCGCUGAGUGUUCCUUUAAGUAGGGACAUCCAACAAUUGCCACAAGAUGGCAUUUUACAGCUCAGAUGGGAACGCGAACUCGUCUAUCCGUCCCUCGGAUUCGGUCCAGAGCUCGCAAACCGCGAAACCUUUGAGAAGAUCUUCCGAAAUGACCGCCUGAUCUCUAGCGCAGUCUCCACAAGCGUCAAGCGUAGUGACAAGCCCCUUGAGACCCUCGCUGACGAGUUCCGCUCCUCCUCGGCUCAUAAGAGGGUUGCAAUCUUGGCUGUCUUUUAUCAUCAGCUCGUUGACUCCCGAAAAGUUAAACAGGUAAAAUCUCUGUUUGAACAAAUUGAACGCACUCGUAAUCUCCUGCCUCAUGAACGAGCACUCAUCGACUUCAUAAGAAGAAAGGUUAAACUCCCAUUGCCAACGCAAUCAUAA